AUGCCAGGUUCCCCUUUCGAAAUGGUCAACUGUGGACCCGGUGGGCCCAAGGCUUCCCACUGUACCAAGGUGAAGCCCACGCUUUAUCACAACUGCGUGCGGAACGUUACUAUCCGCCAUGCCUACAUGUUCCACACCUUCAAAGGAAUCUAUAUGAAGUCGCAGAACACUCCUGAGCCAAACGCGAGCGGAGAGAUCACAAACAUCCUCUACGAGGACAUUACGAUGGACGAGCCAUCGCAGGUGCCAAUUUGGAUUGGCCCAGCUCAAGAGGCCGACUCUUACAAGGCCUGCUCUUUGCUGUGGCCAGUGGUGCCCUUCGCCCACUGCCCACCGCCCAGCCUGGCGAUGCUCUGGGAGAACAUCACGCUGCGCAGGGUGAAGAUCUUGAACCCGAAGCAAAGCCCUGGCGUCAUCUUGGGCAAUCCAGCACGGCCGAUGCGAAACAUCGUCUUCGAGCAGGUGACGGUGGUGAAUCCUGGGCGUUCACCUUGGGGGCCGUCAUACUACAAGUGCGAAGGAGCGGAUGGCAUCGCCUUGAACUCCCAUCCGCAGCCUCCGUGCUUUCACGGGGGGUUUCUCUUCGCUUGA